ACGUAGAAAAGGAAAAUGGGUAAAUCAGCUGACAAACGUAAACAAAUACAUGUGCGAGAUCUAGGCGCUGUUGGGUGCCAAUGCAGUUUCUGUGUGCACAACGGGAGAGCGAGAAACACAAGGAAUAGAAGUGGACACUCUUCGUACGCAAAGAACAAGAACAGAAUGAAGCAACUGGAGUCUAAAUAUUGGUACUUGAAAGUGCACAUGGAUUAUGAGAGAAAGAACCUUCCAUUCCAACUAACAGCAGAACUUGUCAAAGUAGUCAUUGUUGGUGCAAUAGAUAUAAUGUUUGGUGAGCUGUCUUCCUGCUUACCGCUCGAUGUACUGAAGUUUAAUGAGAAGACAGGAAUAGUGAUCCUCAGAGUUCCAAAGGACAAUUAUGCCAAGGUACGGGCUGCGUUAACGGUGUGCCCAUCCAUGAGAGUUGGUGCGGUCGAUGUUCCUGUUAUCUAUACUACGCAACAAGCCUCCUCCUGUCUUCUGUCCUUAGCCGGGCCGGAGCGUAGUAUUGUUUGAACGUACUUAGUGUUAAGGCUGUAGAUUGCAGUUAGAUGGAUUGUAUUGUAUUUUGUUUUUUUGUUAAAUAAAACAGAAAUGUUUGAUUGUGCAAAAGGAAAUUGUUUCUUGUAUAUUGAAGAAAAUUAGAGGAUUAAAUUGCUGUACUAUUUUUCACACAUAGUAGAUUAGCAGACAUCUUUUUCCAGUUUUGAAUAAAAAGAUUAUUUUUGAAA